AUGAGGGUAUUUGGGGUCUGGGACUCCUGCUCUGGGAAAAGCCUCUUUCACCAAGUUGGGGCCGUGCUGGUGGAUCAAUGCAAAUCAAUGCCUACAGCUGAGGAGCCUGAAUGUCCAGUUGAAUGCUUACUAGAAAGCAGCACUCGACUCAAACCUCACGAAGCCCAGAACUACCGAAAGAAGGCGUUGUGGGUCUCCUGGUUCUCCAUUAUUGUCACCCUGGCCCUGGCCGUGGCUGCCUUCACUGUCUCCGUUAUGAGGUACAGCGCCUCUGCUUUUGGGUUUGCAUUUGAUGCCAUCCUCGACGUCCUGUCCUCGGCGAUUGUCCUGUGGCGUUACAGCAAUGCUGCCGCGGUACACUCUGCUCAUAGGGAAUACAUAGCCUGUGUCAUCUUGGGGGUGAUAUUCCUUCUGUCAUCCAUAUGCAUAGUGGUCAAAGCCAUCCAUGACCUCUCAACUAAACUGCUCCCAGAAGUGGAUGACUUCCUAUUCAGCGUCUCCAUUUUAAGUGGGAUCCUUUGCAGCGUCCUGGCUGUGCUGAAGUUUAUGCUGGGGAAGGUUCUGACCAGCAGAGCACUCAUAACGGACGGGUUUAACUCCCUCGUGGGUGGUGUGAUGGGCUUCUCCAUUCUUCUGAGUGCCGAGGUGUUCAAGCAUGACGCGGCAGUCUGGUACCUGGACGGCAGCAUUGGGGUUCUCAUUGGCCUCACCAUAUUUGCCUACGGCGUCAAACUCCUCAUCGACAUGGUGCCCAGGGUGAGACAGACCCGCCACUACGAGAUGUUUGAGUGACAGCGGCCAGCAGGGCCAGAGCGGGCCGCUCUGCAUCCGCACGAAGACAGUCAGGAUGACGAGCUGUCCACGCAGGCAGAUGGUGCCAAUAUUUCACCGAACAUCCCGUUUCUCUUUAGGAAGGUUUGUGUUCUCGCGAACAAGGUCUGCCCAGCAGGUCGGUCUGCACUGCUCCCCCUUGCUCCACUGCCCCAGUCAGAUACGUCAGGACAGCAGGCACAGGGGUGAGGACGGGCUUCCCCUCCUCCAGCGAGAACUGACCUUUUCUAUUUCCUGGAGUAAACACGUUCUUGUGGGUAGGCUACAAGCCCUCCUUGGCAGAAAGCUCCUUUGUGGUGCUCGAAGCCUGAAAUGGGCGACAGCUGACCAGACCCACCUCCUCGGGACUCCCUGUGGCUCUAGCCACCUCCAGUUCCAGAGUCUGGUGUCUCCUGGCAGAUUUUAAGGGAAGACCGUACCUUCCGUCCCUCACCCCUUUAUGCACCCAGAACCAUCAGUAUAGAUCACUUCCUAAUUUCUAUCAAGGUAUUUCAUUAGUUUCAUACUGUUUUACUAAUCCCGAAUCUAAACAGAGUUGUUCAAAAGGAGACCAUUCUAUUUUUAAAGUACUUAGUGAUACACGUAGGAGCUUUGCAUGGUUGAACUAAGCACAUGACCCCUUCUUGUACCUUCAGAACCUGAACAUACAUGUAAAAACAGGAUCCAUUUUUGAGAUGUGAAACUACAGUUUAUUUGUAAUAAAUAAUUAUAUAAUUUAUCCAUAUAUGCAUAUAUCUAUAUGCUGUGUUAAGUGGUAAUGGUACAUUACAGUCUGUUAGAGAUGGCUUGCCCCUCCGUCAGGAACAAGAUGUUCUCUGUUUAUGUAACAUUAGGUAUAGAUUCUGUAAAACGUUCCCCCGACACACAACAUUCUGUACCUCUGGCACUGAGGUCUGUCCGGGCGACAGUGUCUGACCAAUAAAGACCUUUACCUGUUUUGUAUG